AUAUAUAUAAACGCACGCCGGCGCACAGGGGAGGAAAUAGGGCAGCAGACAGAUACUUCCAGAGAUUCAGCUAGCGAUCCCAAACACACAGGGCCGCAGGCAGAUACUUUCAGAGAUUCAGCUAGCGACCCCAAACACACAGGGCUACGAUACCUUUGGCAGCAGCUAGCAACUCGAUCGAUAUGGGCCGUUGGUUGAAGCCAGAUGUCUACCCGCUGAUCGCGGCCAUGUCGUUCGUGACGGGGAUGUGCGUCUUCCAGCUCACCAGGAACGUCUUCAUGAACCCGGACGUGAGGGUGAGCAAGAGCAACCGGCAGAGCGCGGUGCUGGACAACGCGGAGGAGGGCCAGCGGUACAGCCAGCACGCGUUCCGGCGCUUCCUCAGCACGCAGCGCCCGGAGGUCUUCCCGGCCCUCAACCGCUUCUUCUCCGAGUCCGGCAACGGCAAGUGACCGGACGGCGGCCGGCCACGCGCACACCAUGUCCGUUCUCGGCGGUGCGCGUGCCGCGCGCGUGUGAAUAUGUACGCUACGGUUCGUACGUGUCUGGAAUCAUGGUGUGGUGUGCCGAAUGAAUAAAAUCGAACUAGAUAUGCUGUUCGUGA